AUGGUGAGAACCCCUUCUUGCAACAAAAAUGGGCUCAAGAAAGGAACGUGGACAAAAGAGGAAGACAACAAGUUGAUCGCUUAUGUCACUAAGUAUGGCCACUGGAAUUGGCGUUUGCUUCCCAAGUUUGCAGGUCUUGCAAGGUGUGGGAAGAGUUGCAGGCUGAGAUGGCUGAACUAUCUAAGGCCAGAUGUUAAAAGAGGGAAUUUUAGUCACGAAGAAGAAGAAACCAUUGUGAAACUUCACAAAAAGCUUGGUAAUAGGUGGUCAACAAUUGCUGCUGAAUUGCCAGGGAGGACUGAUAACGAGAUUAAAAAUCACUGGCACACAGUCCUCAAGAAGCGUUCUGAACAAAAAUCAGACGCUAAACGAGGGGUUGGACAAGAAGCUACUGUUUCCAGGUCAUCGGAGAGUGUAUCAGAGAACUACAGUGACCCCGAUGCAACAAAUGCUUUUGCUGCUGCAACCUCCGCAAACCAUGAAAGUUUUGAUGAUUUCUCCUAUUUGGAUGCAUACACGGAGCCUGUGUUUGCAGAUUUUUGGACAGACCCUUACUUAAUUGACAACUCCUAUGUCCCACCUGAGUGUGAACCUGGUUACUUUAGUCCUAUGUACGAUGUAGAACUUUGGAACCAAAAUGAGCUUUACCUGCACCAAUGUGAGGGUUUAUUCCAAUGA